AUGAGAUUUGCGUUGGCAGUUGUGCUCAUUGGCGUCGCAUUCGCAUCGCCUUACUACGCCCAACCAACCAGGCCAGCAUAUUACACUCCGUAUGUGCCACCAGUGACUUAUACGACGCCAGCUCAAGAUCCAACAACCACCACCACUCAGGCUCCGUAUGUGCCACCAGUGACUUAUACGACGCCAGCUCAAGAUCCAACAACCACCAAGGCCCCAUACGUUCCACCAGUGACUUACACUACUCCAGCUCAAGAGCCAACCACAACCACCACUCAGACUCCAUACGUCCCACCAGUGACCACCGAGCGCCCAUACGUGCCACCAACAACAACCGUUGCUCAAGAUGGACCAAUCUACGCCCCAUACGUGCCGGCUGCCGAUAUCACCACUCAAAAGCCAAGAACCACUACCUUCAAGUACGUUCUAAACGAGGAUGCUGCUCGCGCCUAUUGGGCCACUGCCGUCUUCCCAAAGGCGUCUACCUCAGCUCCAGCUAAUGACAAUCAGAAGUCGCACACUUAG